AUGUAUACCCUGGACCUGAACAACUCGGAGCUGCUGUCGUGGGAGAAGGUCAGCGACGCGUGCAAGCCGCCGCCGCGCUCGAGGCACACGUGCACGGUCGUGAAGCACUUUCUCGUGUUUUUCGGCGGUCUGAACCAUCGGACGCGGUACGCGGACGUGUGGGUUUAUGACACGAAGAAGAAGGAAUGGACAGAGUUGCAGUGCGAGGGCGGCGAGGAGGACGUUCCGUCCCCACGAGCGCACCACUCCGCUACUUUAGUCGGGGAACAGCUGUUCAUCUUUGGCGGAUACGGCGGUCACGGGAAGUCGAGCAACGAGCUCUUCGUCCUGGACUUUGGCACCGCGCUGGACGAAAAAGCGGAAGAGCACGUCGCGCCGAAGUGGACCAAGCCCGUUUUGAAAGGCAAGGGUCCCACCCCGCGUUUCGAUCACCAGAGCACGUGGUUCCCUGACAAGUUCGUCGUCAUCGGCGGAAAAGACAACAUGGUGAUGCACGGGGACACGCACCACCUCGACUUGCAGACUAUGACGUGGAUUGAAGACGGCGUGGGCGUGCCGCCGGCGUACACCAGGGAAAUUUCCAACCAUCAGCUCAGCGCGAUCGAAUCCGUGCCUAACUUUAAGAUGUUCUGUCUCACCGGAAAGAAAGGCGCGAACGAUUUUCUCAAUCACGUGGAAGUCAUGGAUUGCGGGAACAUGGUGUGGAACAACCCGCCCGCGAUUGGCACGCCGCCGUGCGCGCGCGAAGACUCCGCGAUGGCAUACGACCCGAAGACGUGCAAAGUCUUACUCUUCGGAGGCUGGAGCAACCGUUGGCUAGGCGACACGUGGCUGCUGAACGUGAGCCCGAUCAUCGGUCCCCCGUACGCGUGUUCGAAGGUCGUGCCCGACAUCGGCCCUGUGUUUGGCGAGAGCGAGAUCACCAUCUUUGGUCUCCAGUUCAAACCAGGCAAAAUUGAGAUUCGCUUUAGCGCUGGCAAGAACGAAGCCACCGCGGAGGGUAAAUUCGUCAACGAGAACGAGAUCACGUGCCUCACGCCCAACUUUGAAGCUUUUGGAGCGAUGGACGUGGAGGUGCGCGUCAGCAUCAACAACGAAGGAUGGACCGUGAACAAGAUGAGAUUCAGGUACUUCGCGAACACGUCCGCGGCGAACUGCAUUGCGUUCGGUCCGGGUGUCAACUCGAACACGAAGGCGAUUUACGGGAUCGAAAUUCCCUUCCGCAUCCUUGCGAAGGACACCUGUAAUGCGAAUAGGACUUCCGGCGGGGACGAAUUUGUCGUCGAAGUCACGAAGGAGGACGACCCCAAGGCGCCGAAAGGUUCUGUGCGCCAGGUCGACUUCGACAACGGCACGCACGAGAUUUUCUACUCGGUCCCCUCCACGGGACGCUACCGCAUCGACGUCGGGUACGACGACCUCGGCGAGCCGCAAGAGAUCAUCCCGAUUCGUGGCUCGCCGUUCUACAUGGACUUCACAGAUCCUUGGACGUACAAGCGCACUCUCGGCUCGGCGCCUCUCAAGAGGAAGCUCGGGACGCUCUCGUCGGUCGACAACGACAGGAUGUGCCUAUUCGGCGGCAACGACAGCGGCGUGAGCGUGCUCACCACGAAAGGACAAACCUGGUCGUGGGACACCGCGUCGACGGAUGGUCAGCCGACGCCGCGUAGGGAUCACGGUCAGACCGUGUCGAACGGCAAGGUGGUUGUCUUCGGUGGCGCACUUUUGGAGAACGGUAACGAGUUGAACGAUUUGUACACGUUCGCUGAAGAAGCCGAAGCCGCUCCUGAGCUCCCGCCGAGUCCGCCUGCGGAAUCCGAGGAAGUCGCCGAGCAACUCCCGCCAAGCCUGCCUGAAUCUCCAGCUCAGAGCGAAGAUGCCGCGGCGCCCGCGGAAGGCGAGGGAGCUGCGGCGCCCGCGGAAGGCGAGGGAGCUGCGGCGCCCGCGGAAGGUGAGGAAGCCCCCGCGCCCGCAGAAGGCGAAGAGGCUGCCGCGCCCGCGGAAGGCGAGGGAGCAGCGCCUGCGGAGGAAACUCAACCCGAACCAGAGCCGGAAGAAGACGAUGGCAUCGAGAAGGGACCGAUCCUGAUUCGCAGCGCAUCCGCGCUCACUGCCUUCGGUAAGAACCAGAUCAUGAUCUUCGGCGGUGAGAGCGAGCUCGUGACCCUGGAGGAUUUCGUGAGCAUCGAUCUCAGCGCGGGUUCGUUGAAGUGGCAGCAACACGAAGUCGUGGGCGAUAACUUCCUCCCUCGCAGAGGUGCCGCCAUGUGCACGAUGGGAGAUGUGAUUUACGUCUUCGGUGGCGUCUACAAAGAUGAGAUGGAGAAAGAGACCAUCCUCGACGAGUUCAUCAAGAUAACCACCGACAGGAAUACCGUGACGGCAGAAUCAAUCCCGCUCGCGGGUGCUUCGGUGCCCUGUGCGCGUGCGUUCGCCAUGUUACAGGCCACUGGUGAAGGUUCGAUGAUGUUAUACGGCGGCAUGAGCGGUAAAGAUCCGGUAAACGAUGCCUUUAUCAUCGACUGCGAGACGAACACGUUCAGGCUUGUGUACCGGGCUGACCCGGCGUUCUGCAACCCCACGGGGGAGCUCGCGACCAUUCAUGGCGGCGAACUCGUGACGGUCAAAUCAGCCGGCGGCAACCGCUUCGACGUCGUCUCCACGAUUGACCCCGUCAAGCUCGCGGACGGGUAUGACUUCGUGAAGCUCAUGACCACGGGCGUGAAGAAACAGAUCGAUGACCUCGAGUCUUUCUUUAACCAGACCGAGGGUGCCUUUGGCAUGGCCGAGGACCCGGAGAAGCUGAAGGAGUCUUUCGAUUUCCUCAUGAAGGUGAUGUCCGCGCUGUACAACAUCAAAGCGCGCAAGGCUGGGAUCGAUCUCGAGCUGGAUUGCAUCACGGAAACUCUGAAUGUGCUCACGAAGGAGAAAGUCUCGACGAAAUCACUUGAAGAUCGCAUGAAAGACCUCAGGACGCAGUGGGAGGAAAUUAAGAAGAUGGUUCCCGAAGUCAAGGAGACCGUCGCGCCGAUUCAGGAGCUCCGCGGGGACGAGAUCGCGGCGCAGAUUUCUGAGUUCUCCGCGAAGGUUACCGAUUAUCGCAUGGACUUCACGAAUCGUCCAAUCUUCAAGUACGAAACCGGUUUCAAGACCGCGUACCCCAUGCUCGACGCUGCGAACGAGGAGAUGACCGCUCUGUCUAAAGAGAUCGAUCAUCUCACGAACCUGGCAAACAUGUUUGAGUUCCCGGAGAAAAUCAAAGAGGCAACAGAAACCGUUGCAGAGUGCCGCGAAGAACUUGUCAUGGUUCGGGAUGUCUGGGACUUCUCCGCCCUGGUGGAACAACAGUUCUCCAAGUGGCGCUUGACCUUGUGGAACGACAUAAACACCACGGCGAUGGAGGACGACACGAAGGCUUUCCAGAAGGAUGUGAAAACCCUCCCGAAGAAGAUUCGUGAAUACGAAGCGUUCAAAGGUUUGGACGACUCUGUCAAGAACUUCCUCACCUCCGUACCGCUCGUCGCUGAUUUGCGAUCGCCCGACAUGCGCGAUCGUCACUGGUCGUCGCUCAUGUCCGCCACAGGUAAGGAUUUCGUCAUCGACGGCAACUUUAGUCUCGACUCCCUUCUCGCCCUCGAGCUGCACAAGUUUGAGGACGAAGUCGGCGAGAUUGUCGAUUGCGCGCAGAAGGAGGCGAAGAUGGAAGUCUCACUCGGCAAGCUCGACGUGACGUGGGCUAAGGUUGAAUGGUACAUGAUGAAACACAAGGACACGGACAUCCAGACGGUCAAGCUCGGUGAAGAAGACUUCGAGGCGCUGGAAGAUAACCAGGUGCUCGUGCAGGGCAUGCUGGCGAACCGCUACAUGAAGACUUUCGAGGGGCAGAUCACGGGCUGGCACAAGAAACUCAUGACUGUGGCUGACGUGAACCAGAUAUUGUCCGAAAUUCAGCGCACCUGGGCCUAUCUGGAGUCCCUCUUCAUCCACUCCGAUGAGGUAAAGAAGGAGCUCCCGGAAGCUGCCGCGCGAUUCAAGUCCAUCGACAACGUCGUGAAGGGCAUUUUGAAAGAGGCGUGUGCGACGAAAAAUGUCGUCGCGUCGGCGUGCAAAGAAGGUCUAUUUAAGGAGCUCGAGAAGCAACAGUCCGAACUCGAGAUUUGCGAGAAAGCGCUCGCGGACUACAUGGAAUCGAAGCGCCGUGCGUUCCCGCGCUUCUACUUCGUGUCCACUGCGGAUCUCCUCGACAUUCUUUCCAACGGCAACAACCCGGUGAAAGUGAUGACACACAUGAACAAGUGCUUCCAAGCGAUCGAGAAGCUAACGCUCGACAGCCCGUCCGGGAACACGCGGCCUACGGGUAAGGAGAUCAUCUCGUGUGUCGGUAAGGAGACGAUCAAGUUCAAGUCUGGACUUCAACUCGAAGGCAAGGUGGAGGAGUACAUGAACCUGAUCAUCGACAAGAUGCGGAGCGAACUGCGGCUCCACUGCUUUGACGCGAUGAAGGCGUACUGCAACCCUAAACCUCGUCACGAGUGGUGCUUUGACUGGUCGUCCCAGCUCGGCCUCGUCGUGAACCAGAUCUAUUGGUGUUCAGAGGUUGAAGAGGCGUUCGAGGCGCUGGACAACAGUGACGACGCGUACCACACCCUGAACCACGAUCCACUGGCGAUGAAAAAAUAUAGCGAGCAGCAAGUGCAACAACUCAGCGACUUGAUCGCGAGCACGAAACGCAACCUCGAUAAACCGCAGCGACAGAAGAUCAUGAACAUGAUCACCAUUGACGCCCACUCGCGCGACAUGGUCAUCGGCCUCAUAGACAACAACGAAGUGCGCAAGGGUUGCUUCAAGUGGAUGUCUCAGCUGCGGACAUAUUGGGACACGGACAUCGACGACGCCGUGAUUCGCAUUUGCGACGCGUCGUUUCCUUAUGGUUAUGAGUACCUGGGCAACGGCGGGCGCCUCGUCAUCACUCCGCUUACCGAUCGCGUGUAUAUCACCGCGACGCAAGCAUGCUGGCUGUCUAUGGGGACCGCUCCCGCCGGUCCCGCGGGCACGGGAAAAACCGAGACGUCCAAGGAUCUGUCCGCGCAACUCGGCAAGUCGAUGUACGUGUUCAACUGCGCACCCGAGAUGGACUAUCGCACGAUGGGCGAUAUUUUCAAAGGUUUGGCCGCGUCUGGUUCUUGGGGCUGCUUCGAUGAGUUCAACCGUCUUGUCCCCGAAGUGUUAUCCGUGUGCUCCGUGCAGUACAAGUGUGUCACGGACGCGCAGAAACGCAAGGCAAAUUUGCCAGGUCGCGGUCUCGAGUACGUCGACGCCGAUGGUGAGAAGCACGAGGCGAUCCAAAACUGGAAAUUCACCGCCGCAGACGGUGUGGAGAUGCCUCUCGAAGAAGGCUGCUCCGGCUUCAUCACGAUGAAUCCCGGUUACAUUGGCCGUGCGGAGCUUCCUGAGUCCCUCAAGGCACUUUUCCGCCCGAUCACCGUCAUGGUGCCUGAUCGACAGUUGAUCAUGGAGAACAUGCUCAUGGCCGAAGGUUUCGUCGAGGCAAAGAUGCUCGCGAAGAAAUUUGCGUCGUUGUACUACCUCCUCGAGGACAUGCUUUCGCCGCAGACGCACUACGACUGGGGCCUGCGUGCUAUCAAGUCUGUGCUCGUCGUCGCCGGUUCAUUACUCCGCGCGGAGGAGGGCCAGGACGAAUCCGACGUGCUUUUACGCGCGCUGAGAGAUUUCAACAUCCCGAAGAUCAUCGCUGCGGAUAUGGUCAUCUUCAUGGGUCUGCUGAGCGAUCUGUUCCUCGGCGUCGACCCGCCGCGCAAGCGCGACAUGGACUUUGAGAGGGUGAUCGAAGCGACCACGAUCGAGAUGGGCCUCACGGUCGAAGAUGACUUCAUUCUUCGCGUCGUGCAGCUGUCCGAGCUGCUCGCGAUUCGACACUGCAUUUUCCUGAUGGGAGUGACCGGCGGUGGGCGCACGGAGGCGUACCGCGUCCUCGCGAAAGCGAUUCAAAAGGGUGUGGACCUGAAGGAGGAUGAUAUCGUGAACGACUACCUCCGCCCGAACAACAAAAAGAAGGUUGUCAUUCGCGACAUCAACCCGAAGUCCAUCUCGACGCAAGAAUUUUACGGGUACGUCAAUAUGACGACGCGGGAGUGGAAGGAUGGCAUGAUGAGUUACUACAUGCGCGAGCUCGCGACGAUUCCGGACGAGGAUCCGAAGUGGAUCAUUCUUGACGGUGAUCUCGACGCGAACUGGAUCGAGUCCAUGAAUUCCACCAUGGACGACAAUCGACUUCUCACGCUCCCUUCGAACGAGCGGAUCCGUCUGUUGCCGCACAUGAAGCUCCUGUUCGAGAUUCGUAACCUCAAGUUCGCGACGCCCGCGACGGCGACGCGCGCGGGUAUCGUGUACGUCUCUGAAAAGAUGCAGUGGAAGAACAUGAUCACUUCGUGGAUAAAACGCGUCGUGCCGCCAUACGCGGAGAAAGCGAAGUGGAAAGACCCUGAGCAGCCCACCGUGUGGAUCACAGAGCUCGUGGAGAAGUAUGUCGCAGAGUCGAUAUUCGAGAUGAAAAAGUCGUAUCAACACAUCACGCCGUUGGAGACGAUGAACUUCUGCACGACUCUGGUGAAUAUACUAGAGGGAAUGCUAAAACCAGAGAAUCUAAACGCGAAGGCUACUCAAGAAACGUUCGAGACGUACUUCGUGCUCGCGAUGAUUUGGGCUUUCGGCGGCGGCCUCGCGCCGAAGGAUGGCAUCGAGUACAGGAGGGACUUCGACAAGUGGUGGAAACGCAAGUGGACGACGAUCAAACUCCCCGGCAAGGGCACGGUGUUUGAUUAUUACAUCAACGCGAAGACGGGCAAGUUUGCACCUUGGGCGGAUCUCGUGCCUGAAGUUGAAUACGACUCGCAACUCACGCCGAUGACGUCUGUUUUCGUACCGACGCCGGAAACGUCCUCUUUUACGUACUUCCUCGACAUGAUGUUAGACCUUCGGGCUCCGAUCAUGUUCGUCGGACCUGCGGGCACCGGCAAGACGCAGCUCGUGAAGGGCAAACUCGCGACGCAGCCCGAGGGAAUCAUGAGUUUGAACAUCACCUUCAACUACUUCACGGAUGUUCUGUCCUUCCAGAAAAUUCUCGAGUCGCAGCUGGAAAAGAAGGCCGGUGUGAACUUUGGCCCUCCGGGUCAAAACAAGCUCAUUUACUUCGUCGACGAUCUUAACAUGCCGAAGCUCGACGCUUACGACACCGCGAUGCCGAUCUCUCAGAUCCGCCAGCACCUCGGCUGGGGACACUGGUUCGAUCGCGCGAAGCUGACGCCCAAGGUCAUCCACAACACGCAAUACGUGGCGUGUAUGAAUCCCACUGCGGGUGCGUUCACCAUCAACCCGCGUCUGCAGCGUCUCUUCAUGACGCUCGCGGUGGACUUCCCGGGUCAGGAUUCCUUGAUGACGAUUUACGGCACCUUCCUCACCGGGCACUUGAAGCACUUCAGCGCGGACUGCCUGGAGCUCGGCAGCAAGAUCAUCCAAGCGUCGCUUGCUAACCACGAGAAGGUGGUGGCGAGUUUCAGGAAAACAGCGGUCAACUUCCACUACGAGUUCACGGUGAGGCACCUCACGAAUGUUUUCCAAGGGUUGCUGUUUUCCACGCCGGAGCACUUCAACAACGUGGACAAACUCGCGAAGCUUUGGCUGCACGAGUCUGAGCGCGUGUACGCGGAUCGCCUGGUGACCACCGCGGACCUGAACACGUACAACAAAAAUGCGCAGAGCAUCGCGGGCAAGUAUUUCAAAAUUCCCGGCAUCGAGGAUUACUACAAGAAAGAUAACGCGAAGCCACUAAUCUUCUGUCACUUUGCCGGAGGUGUCGGCGAGAAGAUUUACAACGACAUCAACGAGUUUUCCAAGCUGCAGAAGAUCCUCGAAGAUACCCUCGAGGAGUACAACGAGUCGAACGCUACGAUGGACCUCGUGCUCUUCGAGGAUGCGAUGAAGCACGUCUGCAGAAUCAGCCGCAUAAUCUCGAACCCUGGCGGUCACGCGCUUCUCGUCGGCGUCGGAGGGUCGGGGAAACAAUCAUUGUCGAAGCUUUCCGCGCACUUGUGCGGGAUGUCGACGUAUAUGAUCGUCAUCUCAGGCUCGUACAACACGAGCUCUCUCAAAGAAGACCUCCAGAAGAUGUACAAGCUCGCCGGUAUUAAGGGUGAGGGCGUGAUGUUCCUCUUCACGGACAGCCAAAUCACGGAUGAAAAGUUUCUCGUCUUCAUCAACGAUUUGCUCUCCUCCGGUGAAAUCCCCGACCUAUUCCCUGUCGAAGACGUUGACGAGAUCGUUAACUCCAUGCGCGGAGAGGUCAAAGCUGCGGGCCUUCCGGACAGCCGCGAGUCGUGCUGGGAUUUCUUCAUCAACAAGGUGAGGGAGAACCUUCACAUGGUGUUCACGUGCUCCCCCGUCGGCGAGCAAUUCCGCGUCCGCGCACAACGGUUCUUGGCGAUGAUCAACUCCACGGUCAUCGACUGGUUCCAGCCGUGGCCGGAACAAGCGCUUCUCGGCGUGUCCAAUCGCUUCCUCGGCGACGUCCAGCUCGGCGACGCGGCCGCUACCAAGGGCAUCAUCGAGUUCAUGCCGUAUUCCUUCGGCCUCGUCGCGAAGGUGUCGGAAACUUUCCUCGACCAAGAGCGCAGGCACGUGUACACCACGCCGAAGACGUUCCUCGAGCUCAUCAAGCUCUACAAGACUCUUCUCGCGUCGAAGCGCGGAGAAACCGAGACGAACAUCGACCGCCUCUCGAACGGUCUUACCAAGCUCAUGAGGACGCAGAAGGACGUCGACAUACUCGUCGAGCAAGCGAAGGUGAAAGCUGUCGAAGUCGAAGAAAAAGUUGCUUCUGCGGAGGUCUUCGCCGCCCAAGUCGCGGUCGAGAAAGAAAAGGCCGGCAUCGAAAACGACGCGGCGCAGAUCGAAGCGGAGAAGUGUAGCGUCAUCGCCACGGAAGUUUCCGCGAAGCAGGUGUCCGUGCAGGCUGAUCUCGACGCUGCGGAGCCGCUCGUCGACGCGGCGCUCGCGGCGCUCGACACGCUCAACAAGAAGGAUCUCGGCGAGGCGAAAUCGCUGAAGAAACCUCCCGCUGGCGUCGAUGACAUCACCGCGGUCAUCAUCAUCCUCCUGCAGAACAACCCCAAGGAUAAGUCGUGGGGCGCGGCGACGAAGAUGAUGUCCAACGUUGAUAGAUUUAUGGAGACCCUGAAGGGAUUCAAACAGGAAAUCGACGACGGCAACGUUCCUAAAAAGAACGUCGACGCGUGCCGCCCGUACCUCGAGCUCGAGCACUUCAACAGAGACACGAUCUACAACAAGUCUCGAGCCGCCGCGGGUCUUUGCGAGUUCGCCAUCAACAUCAUCAAGUACUUUGACGUCAUCACGAUGAUCGAGCCCAAGCGCAACGAGCUCGCGGAGGCGAACGCGCAGCUCGAGGAAGCGAACACCAAACUCGCCGCUGUCCAGGCCAAGGUCGCGGAGCUAAACGCGCUCGUGGCCGAUCUCGAGCGUCAGUUCGACGAAGCCGAGGCUGAAAAGAACGGCGCCAUCGACGAGAAGGAGAGGCUCGACAUCAAGCUCGGUCUCGCGAACCGCCUCGUCAACGCCCUUGCUGCGAGCGGAGAGCAGUGGAAAAAUACCGUCGCUCAACUCAAGAUCGACAACGAGCUUCUGGCGGGAGACUGCCUUUACGCUGCCGCGUUCGUCACGUACGCGGGUCCUUUCACGGCGAAGUUCCGUACCAAGCUUGUCGAUUCGUUUUCGAAGAAAAUCGUGGACAGCAAUAUUCCCAUGACCGAGGGUAUCGACGUGCUUCGCGUGCUCGUGGACGCCGCGACGACAGCUGGCUGGGUCGGUGAAGGUCUUCCCUCGGACCGCACGUCGACCGAGAACGGCACGAUCACUUGCAACACGGAACGUUGGCCACUCAUGUGCGACCCUCAGCUGCAAGGUAUCGGCUGGAUCAAAGAGCGUGAGUCCAAGAACUCCCUGGUCGUCGUUCGCAUGGGCGCUCCCAAAACGGCGACGCAGAUGGAACGCGCGAUCGAGGCGGGCCACUCCGUGCUCAUCGAAAACAUGGGCGAGACCAUCGACGCCGUGCUCAUGCCCACUGUGACCCGCGCGACGUACAAGAAGGGUCGAUCCCUUUACGUUAAAAUGGGCGAUAAAGACGUCGAAUAUCACCCCGAGUUCAAGCUGUUCCUGCACACGAAGAUGUCCAACCCGCACUAUCCUCCCGAGAUUCAAGCGGAGACGACGCUCAUCAACUUCACCGUGACUCAGGACGGCCUCGAAGACCAGCUGCUCGCGCUCGUCGUCAACAAAGAACGACCCGAUCUCGAAGAGACGAAGACUGCGCUCAUCAUGCAGAACAACGACUUCACGAUCAAGCUCAAGGAACUCGAAGAUACGUUGCUCUUCAAGCUCGCGAACGCGGAGGGCGACCUCACGGAGGACGUCGAGCUCAUCGAGUCGCUCGAAGAGUCGAAACGAGUCGCGGAUGAAAUCGUGCUCAAAGUUGAAGAAUCCCAAGAGACAGAAGAGCGGAUCAACAUCUCGCGAGAGAAGUACCGCGUGUGCGCCGCGCGCGGAGCCCUGCUCUUCUUCAUGCUCAACUCUUUGAACAAGGUGCACGCAUUCUACGCCUUUUCACUCAAUGCGUUUGUCACGGUGUUCAGCCGCGGAAUUGACAUCGCGCCUGGUGGACGGAAAAGGAAGGUCAAGAUCAGUUUUAGGACAGUCGCUAAACGCGUGAUGGGUAAGUUCGAUUGGAACAUGGAUCUACUCGCGACGCUGAUUCCUUCGAAGAAGAAGUCGGCAGCAGACGGCAAAGGCAAAGCAGCGGAUGCGACCCCCGAACCCACGGAGGAAGAGAUGGAAAAACGCCUGAAGGCAUUGCUGGAGACGACGACGUACACGGUGUUUAACUUCACCCGUCGCGGUCUGUUCGACAAAGACAAGUUGAUCGUGUCUACUCUGCUCACGUUCUCCAUCCUGCUCCAAGCCGGCGAGCUCGACUCUUUCGAGUACAACGCCCUGCUCAAGGGCGUGAACGGUCCGAAGCCUCCGCCGCUACCGGAUGAUUUAGCGCUCUGGAUGAACGAAGCGCAGUGGGUCGCGCUCCAAGGCCUCGAGACGAUGUCCACAUUCAAGGGGAUAUCCCGUGACAUGGAAAAGAGAGGCGAGGACUGGAUGUACUGGGGCUUGCACGAGAUGGCCGAGUCCCAGAAACUCCCGGGCGAGUGGGAAAAGAAGCUCACGGAUUUCCAAAAGCUGUUGCUCAUUCGGGCGCUGAGAUCUGAUCGCAUCACGGGCGCGCUCACGAACUUCGUAGAGAAUCAGAUGGGGAGCGAGUACGUUAACCAAGAUGCUUUCGACGCCGCGAAGAUGUACGAAGAGACCGGGCCUUCCACGCCCAUCUUUUUCAUCCUCUUCCCUGGCUACUCCCCCUCCAAGGAGAUCGAAGUAAUGGCAAAUGAUAUGGGCAAAACUUCUGAGAACGGCCAGCUCACCAUUAUCUCGAUGGGACAAGGUCAGGAACCCAUUGCCGAGGGCGUGUUGGAUAAGUACACCAAGAGCGGUGGCUGGGUAUUCCUGGACAACGUGCAUCUCAUGCAAGGCUGGAUCCCUUCGCUCGAGCGAAAGCUCGAGAUCGCGGCGGAGUCAGCGCACAAGGAUUUCCGGUGCUUCUUCAGCGCGGAGCCCAUCAACGGAGCUCCGUUCGCGAAAAUCGUCCCCGAGAGUAUCCUUCAGACAUGCAUCAAAAUCUCCAACGAGCCUCCUUCGGACUUGAAGUCGAACAUGCGACGCGCGCUCGCACCGUUCAGCCAAGACGUCCUCGAUCGCUCCACGACGUUACAGAAGAAGACGGUGCACACCGCGGUUCUCUUCGCGCUUUGCUUUUACCACUCCCUCCUUCUCGGUCGUAAGAAGUUUGGCGUCGGCAUCGGCAUCGGGCUCGGAUCCGGUCUUGGUUACUGCCGCGGCUACUCCUUCAACAUGGGCGAUCUCGUCAACUGCACGGAGGUGUUGUACAACUACCUCGAAGGCAACGAGAACACUCCGUGGGAGGAUCUCCGGUACAUGUUCGGCGAAGUUUUUUAUGGCGGCCACAUCACGGACGCCAUGGACCGCAGGCUGUGUAUUUCAUACCUCGAUGUCCUAAUCACGCCCGAUCUCCUUCCCGCGGAGGACGGCACGCCGCCGGAGAAGCAGCUCGCGCCCGGUCUCAUGGCUCCCGAUCCGACGCUGGGAUCAUAUGCCGAUUUGAAGACCUACGUCGAAAACAACUUGCCGGCUGAGACGCCGUCCAUUUACGGACUCCACUUCAACGCUCAGCUCUCGUUGCUCACCACCGAGGGCGAGAUUCUGUUCAACACCAUCCAAGACGUCAGCGGCGGCGGCGGCAGCGGUGGUGGCGGUGGCGACGACUUUGAGAGCAUUGUGCGCAAGGGUGUCGAGUCGAUGUACGACACAUGCCCCGAGCCGUUCAUCGUCAUCGACAUCGAAAGCCGCGUCACGGAUAAGAACCCGUACGUCGUAUGCGCGAUCCAGGAGGCGACGCGCAUGACCGACCUUCUCAUUUUCAUCAAGCGCUCGCUCGAGGAGCUCACCCUCGGUUUGGACGGCGCCUUAAACAUGUCUGAUGCAAUGGAGAUGGUGCAAAACGGCAUCUACAGAAACACCGUCCCACCGAGCUGGAUGAAGCAGAUGUCCUCACGCGUCCAGGAGGUGUACUCUCUCACGCGCUGGUACAGAGACGUAAAAGAACGUCACGCGCAGCUCGACAAGUGGACGGCGAAGACGAUCGAGCGCCCGAAGUCCGUGUGGCUCCCCGGUCUCUUCAACGCGAAGGCUUUAAUCACCGCGGUGCAGCAAGUGUACGCUCGCGAGAACCAGCUCCCGCUCGACGUGAUGGAAUUUAUCACCGAGGUGACCACCUUGAACCCUGGAGAUGUCACGGAAUACUCCGAGGAAGGCACGUACAUCCACGGUCUCACCAUGGAGGGCGCGAGGUGGGAUAGCAAGGGUGGCACACUCAAGGACUCCAAUCCGAAGGAGCUUCGCUGCUUGCUCCCCGUGAUCAAGGUGAUCCCGGUGACCACGGACAAAUACGACACGAAAGGGUACUACAUGUGCCCCGUGUACAUGAACAUGCAGCGCGCGAACGUAUAUUCCGCGCAGGUGUCCACGUUCACGAUGAAACACCCCGAGAAGGAGCCCCCUGUCAAGUGGACGCUCGCCUCGGUCGCGCUGCUCAUGCAAGACGAGCUCGCUGCGUAGGCGAAAACACGCGCGAGCGAUGCACUCAUCGUGAUUCAUGAACGACGCUUCUUCUUUCGUGCUUCUGGUGAAUAACCCGACUAACCGACACGAAGGGAGCGUACGCUCGAAACGAGCGCGUCUGCGACGCGACCGUUUAGAUAGAUAAUAUAGCUUUUGUUUAUUCAGAGUAGUUUUUUCACUUUU